AUGCGAUGUGAUGAGGUGCAGACGCACGAGAUUCCUUUCAGCUCGGUUCCAACAAAAAGAAGAAAGAGAAGCCCCCAAACAGACGAGCGGCAAACCAAGCUAUUCCAGGCUGCAAGUGCAACUGCGACGCUGGGUCGAGUCUGGGUCUGGGUCGUGCUCACACGCAGAGCAGACGCACGCUCCGACCUGCUCCGCACUGCUCAGGGCGCGGGGAGUUCACGGGGCCACGGAGUUACGUUACUGGGAUGGCGUCAGAGCCGGCCUUUGCCUCUUAUCGCAUCAUCUCGCACGAGACAAGACAAGCUGGAACGGAUAUCUUACCCGGCCACGACAAAGCGAAAGAUGAAAGAAGAGGACAAGAUACUACGGCGUGUUGAGGGUGGGCAACGAUCUUUUGCCCCAGUAGGUAAGGAGCAGAACACUAAAGGAACUGUCAGCCAUGCACGACAGUUCAAGUCUAAUGUAAGUGCCGGCGUAGCCCGACAGGAAACUUCUGCAGAAAGUUUCCUAGUGGCCGGACUUGAUACAGCCAGUAACGUUGAGUGA